AUCAUCUUCCCUGCAUCCUCCCCACUGAGUACUAUCCCUCUACUCAAAUGACUCGUCGUUAGACUCCCUCCCUCUUUGUUCUUCUGUACCAACCUAUCCGGUUCGAGCGGGUCGACGGUGUGAGCCGUUCUCCGCAUCGCCUCCUUCGUUAGCGCCAACAACCACCCCCUCCCAUCAGCUUUCUCUUCUCGUUCGUCUUCGCCUGAAACCGUGUAACUCCUCCGUUCGCUAUUGAACCCCAUCUCAAGAUCUCCCACAUUCCAUCCGAUCAUUCGACCAUGACCAAUCCAUCGCAAUUAUUCCUCCUCGCGGAUCACAUCAAGCUCUCACUACUAGAGCGACAACGGGCGAUCUCACUGAGCCUCGAACCCAACAGUCAAGAUGGAGAGAUCUCGCGCUCCCUAGAGUCAAUGCGGGAAGGGAUCGAAAGCGUGGAGGCAGAACAGGCCCGGCUGAAAGCCGCCAAUGACGAAGAAGCGGCCGCCGACCUGAAAGACCAGCUUUCACACCUGCAGUCGCAGUUCCGCGAUCUGUCAUCUCAGUUCCACGGUGGUGCGUCGUCAUCGUCGUCGCCGGCGCACUCGACGCCCGGCAACGCGACCGGCGACGACGACCACCUACACCCGUCGGAGUUCGUCCAGAGCUCGUCUCCCGACCUUAAACAGCCCGUCCCACAGCACCCACCGGGCAAGUCGGUGCGAUUCAUGGACUCGGCUGCCGCGGAGGAGGAAGAGAUUAACCGGCGCAACAACCUGUUCCAGCCGUAUCGCGACUCGCCGUCGCCGCACGGCGCGGAUACCUCUGACAUGGACAACCAGCAGGUGUACGAUCACCACGAGCAGACGAUGCGCGACCAGGACGAGCAGCUGGAUCGCCUGGGCGAGUCCAUCGGGCGGCAGCACCAGCUCAGCAUCCAGAUCGGGGACGAGCUCGAGGGCCACGUUGCGCUGCUGGAUGAUGUGGAUGGCCACGUCGACAGACACCAGGGCCGGCUGGACGGGGCGCGGCGGCGACUCGACAAGAUCCGGCGAAGUGCUGGCGAUAAUUGGAGUAUGAUGACGAUCAUUGGACUCAUCAUUGUUCUGGUUAUUCUGAUUGUUUUGUUGAAGUGAUCUUUACUCUGCCAUGUUUUCACGAGUUGGGGUUUAUUUUUUAAUUCGGGGCGCGUGGCGUUGUUUCACCUGUGACGAAGCCGCUGUUAAUUAGGCGUAGGAUGUACGGCGUUGGGAUCGGCUGUUCCAGCACAGUCUACAUUUGUCCAUUAUCUAUACAGAUUAUAUUACCAUCUUU